GCUUAAAUUACAAGGAAAGCUGGGGAAAAGUCCAAUCCAAUUUCCUAUAUCCUUCUCGUAACCGGUCAGUCUCUUCCAUUUCUCUGUUUUCUCUUCUCCCUUGUUCAUCCUCAUCUCCCACCCUGCAACUCAAAAAAAUCCAUAGAAAAAGUAGAGGAAAAUUUAAACAUCAUGGAUCGAGAGCAAGAAGAGAUGCAAUUUCUUGGGUUCUUUGGCAUCUACACGGAAUCCUACAAAGUCAUCUUUGCCUGGAGAAAAGUCUUCAGCAAGAUCACUUUGGCUUUAAUCCUUCCUCUAACUUUCAUCUACCUAGCUCAUAUUGAAGUAUCGAACCUCUUCUUCCGGAAAAUCAUCCACAACGAAAUAGAACUCGACCAUACCCGAUCAGGCACUCCCAAAUACGAGAAACUAUCUGACGUUGUCUCCGACAAAUGGGCAUACUUUUGGCUUUUCAAGGCGGCCUACUUCACUUUGUUUUUCAUCUUUUCCCUUCUUUCAACCUCUGCAGUUGUUUACACCAUCGCUUGCAUAUAUACAGCUCGGGAACUCACGUUUAGGAAAGUCAUGAGCGUUGUCCCAAAGGUUUGGAAGAGGCUGAUGGUUACUUUCUUGUCUAUUUUUGUUGCCAUGUUUUUCUAUCACGUUGUGUUUGUGCUUAUCCUUGUUAUUUGGGCACUUUCAAUCGGAGCAAGCAACAUGGGUUUUGCGGUGUUGGUUAUUUUAAUGAUCUUGUACAUGGGGGGUUUUUUGUAUUUGACCAUUAUUUGGCACUUGGCUAGCGUUGUCUCUGUUUUGGAAGAGGCCUACGGGUUCCAGGCCAUGGUCAAGGGCAAAAACCUGAUCAAGGGAAAGCUAUGGGUGGCGAUAGUCAUUUUUUUCAUGCUCAAUAUCUCUCUCGGCAUCAUCCAGAUUGCCUUCCAGAAUUUGGUUGUGCAUGGAAGCACGUUAGGCAUGUUUAGCAGGGCUGCCUAUGCAAUCAUUUGUUUCUUGUUGCUUUGCAAGUUGAUUCUCUUCGGAUUAGUCAUCCAGACAGUGAUCUACUUCGUCUGCAAAUCUUACCACCAUGAAAGCAUCGACAAAUCUGCCCUGUCAGAUCACCUGGAAGUUUACCUAGGAGAGUAUGUUCCUUUGAAGGCCAAGGACGUUCAGCUAGAGCAGUACCAUGUUUGAUUGACUUGGAAGGCAAUCAAUAAAUUAGAAAUAAUGGAUGCAUGUAAUAGUUGUCUUUCAAAUCCAGAGUUGUAAUUGAUCGAUUGGUGUUUUUGGACCUCAUCAACAUAUAGUAUGAAAGUAAUUAAUCGAUUUCAUGGGUGCUUAUUACCUCCCAUUCUUGUCUUAUUUUUAAUUAA